AUUUAAAUCAUAUAAAAAAAAAAGACAUGGGUCAAAAUGGGGAUGAGGAUAUAUCCAAUUAAGAUUAUCGCACCAACGGACCACCACAAAACCAGAUUGUUCGCAAACCAAAAUAUCUUCAUCAGGGUAUUUGUGGUCCACCACUUGAAACAAAACAUCAAUCUCAUUUUCUGUAAUCAAAGAACUGCAGUUUCUAACCCAGAACAAACUCCAACCUUAUUGAUUCUAACUUUGAAGCUUUGAAGUAUAUAAAAAAUGGCCACUUUCACUUCAGUCACCCAGCACCAAUCGAUCUCGUCGUCGUUGUACCAUAAAUUUCAUGACUCAACACAAUCUUACUCCUCAAAAUCUAGUCUGUCCUCUCUGAUGGUCAGCUCAGCAAGAACUCCUGCAGGUAGCUUACACUACCGCGGCUCACCAAUGGGUUUAACCAUCCGUAAUGCAGCUACUAAACAAGCUAAAUCACCAGCUGAAGAAGAGUGGAAGGUAAAGCGUGAAGUUUUGCUCCAGAACAAGGUAAGAAGUGUAGAUGUUAAAGAAGCUCUGCGCCUGCAGAAGGAGAAUAAUUUUGUGAUGCUCGAUGUACGACCAGAGGCAGAGUAUAAAGAGGGUCACCCACCAGAAGCAAUUAAUGUGCAAAUAUAUAGGCUUAUAAAAGAGUGGACAGCAUGGGACAUUGCUAGGCGAGCUGCAUUUGCAUUUUUCGGCAUCUUUUCAGGCACAGAAGAAAAUCCUAAUUUCCUACAAGAGGUUGAAUCAAAAAUUGACAAAAAUGCCAAGAUUAUAGUGGCCUGCUCAGCUGGGGGCACUAUGAAACCCUCCCCAAAUCUUCCCGAAGGUCAACAAUCAAGGUCUUUAAUAGCAGCAUACUUGCUUGUACUCAAUGGAUACAAGAACGUCUUUCAUCUAGAGGGAGGUCUUUACAAAUGGUCCAAAGAAGAUCUGCCACUAGUUUCAGAAGAAUAACUUGCAAGUUACAUAGAUAGCAUUGAGGAGAUUAAUUUUGUACGUGUGAUAGAUAUCAUUUGUGUAUAGACAAUGAGUUUGCCUUACAUAGGUGCAGUUUACCUUUUUCACCAUGA